CAAAAACAGGUGUAACUGAGCUAUGAUGCUUUAAUGGGAAAAUACUAGGCUAAAUCUACAAGGGUGGUCAGCAAACUCGUCCAGAAGCGGAAUGUUUUUUUUAAAUCACCUGGACCAGAGGGGCGGCUGGCCUUCUCAGACAAACAUAACACAGAUGCACAAGUCAACGUACUUUCUCUCUCUCUCUCUCUCUCUCUUUCUUUUCCUUCGUCCGUGAAUGUGCCUAUUUAUAUCCCUUUUCCUCUCCUCAGCCAGCUAACAGUAACUAACCUCAGGACAAUGUGUGGCCUUUUGGCAGUAAACGCCUCUCCUGCUGGCUGUUUGACCACAUCACUGUGACUUCACCUCUUCGCAUUUUCAGACUUUUGGAACAAGUCAUUUGAGACUACUUUGAACAUACAAUAUCAUUGCUACAAAGCCUUUGGCACUAAGAGGAAUAUCUAGAAUAAUCAUGAGCAACCACGAGCCAGAUGUGCACACCAUCUCUCCAGAGCUGCCGGCGAUGUUUGAUGGCAUGAAGCUGGCAGCAGUGGCCACGGUGCUCUACAUCAUUGUCCGCUGCUUGAACCUGAAGAGCCCCACCGCUCCCCCGGACCUCACCUACCAGGACACACCCCUCAACAGCUUCCUUCUCAAGUCCUGUCCUCAGCUGACCAAAGAGUACAUCCCUCCCUUACUGUGGGGUAAGAGCGGUCACCUCCAGACAGCACUGUAUGGUAAACUUGGUCGGGUGAGCUCCCCUCACCCCAGUGGAAUCAGGAAGUACUUACCCAUGCAGGAUGGGGCCACCGCAACCUUUGACCUCUUUGAGCCACUGGGGGACCAUCGAACAGGAGAUGACAUCACCAUGGUGAUAUGCCCUGGUAUUGGUAACCAUAGUGAGAAGCAUUACAUCCGAACCUUUGUGGAUUACGCCCAGAAGGAUGGUUACCGCUGUGCUGUGCUGAACCACCUGGGAGCUCUUCCCAACAUCGAGCUUACCUCUCCACGAAUGUUCACUUACGGAUGCACGUGGGAGUUUGCAGCCAUGGUUGGUUACAUUAAGCGGACGUAUCCUCAGACCCAGCUUAUUGUGGUUGGCUUCAGUCUGGGUGGAAACAUUGUAUGUAAGUUCCUGGGCGAGAACAGGACGAACCAGGAGCGAGUGCUGUGUUGUGUCAGCGUCUGUCAGGGGUACAGUGCUCUCAGGGCUCAAGAAACAUUCCUACAGUGGGAUCAGUUCAGACGCUUCUAUAACUUUCUCAUGGCUGACAACAUGAAGAAAAUCAUCCUCUCACACAGGCACAGUCUGUUUGGAGGAAGCUCAGUUAAAAUGAUAGACGCAGAUCUUAGUCGGCUGUACACAGCAACUUCCCUCAUGCAAAUCGACGACAACAUCAUGAGAAAGUUCCACGGCCACAGCUCUCUCAAAGAGUACUAUGAGAAGGAGAGUUGUGUUCAUUAUAUUCACAAUGUAAAUGUGCCACUGCUGCUAGUGAACUCUGCAGAUGAUCCUCUGGUUCAUGACUCACUGCUCACCAUCCCUCGCACACUAGCAGCAAAGAAGCCAAAUGUGAUCUUUGCCCUGACACUACACGGAGGCCACCUGGGCUUUUUCAAGGGCGCGGUGCUCUUCCCCCAGCCCCUCACCUGGAUGGACAAAGUGAUUGUGGGCUACGCCAAUGCCAUGUGCCAGUGGGAGAAACAGAAACCGCCAUGCCAAAGUGGCCACCUGAGUGAGAGCUCCUGCGCAGAGGAAAAAGCUUAAACCUCUGACCUCCUUAUCUCUUUUACCCCCUCUCUUCCCUCUCACCUUUCAACCUCUCCAACACCACUGUCCCAGCACUGAGGAGACCUAAACCGAAAACUGAACUAAACCUUAAACUGCUCUCUCUUCUCUGCCUUCUCCUCUGGUGCUACUCACAACUACCGACCCACACUCUUCCACGCCUUCUCCACAGUUCCCCUUUGUAUUCACCAUCAUCUUACACUAUGCGAAGGAACAAAAACAAGUAACUGCCUUUGUGCUUGUUUCGAGGACUUCGACAUGUUGUUUCUUUACAUGUACACAACAAUGAUCCUUGGCUAAUGGAGGCGUUGACCAAAUACGACGGGAGGUGAAGUUAGGAUGGCAUCAAAAGGAAAGCGAGAGCACCACUCUAGAGUAGCUCAGUGAAAAUCGAGAGCACAGAAGAAGCCUCCUAUUGAAUUAAAAAAAAAGACUGUGCUGCAGAAGGUGCCAAUUUAUUGCACCUGUCAGAAGCUCACUGCUUAUCACCACCAAGGCCAUAAUAGCCUAGUCUGCUGUUCAGACCAACCUUUGUAGUAUGUAUGUAACUCACAGAUGUAGUUUGUAUGUCUGUGUGCGCCUAUGUAGACGCAGAGAGUUAAAGACCCGUGACGGAGCAUGUGAUCUAUGCGUUUGGCUGGUGAUUUCAUGGUCUAUUGGCCCUUAUAAGGUCUGUUCUUUUGGGUCAGCUGUUGCUCUGUUGUUUGUAGAAAAUGUUCAGUAGAAGUGUUAUGGUGAGAUUUUACACAUUAUAUCCAGCUCAUAACAUCCCCCUGGCACUUAUGUUCGACACUUGAAAUGAAAGUGUUCAGUGCUUACCAGACAUGACCAGGGAUCAACCCCAGGUGGGACUCUUACACAUUCCCUCGGUCACAUUCUAUCACUUUGAUUCAAUGCACUUUAAAACCUUUUUGCCACAGUCUUUUCUUUCCUUUUCCCCCCUCAUUAGUCGAGUUGCAGGUAUGGAGAUUAUUGGUUUAGUUUAACUUUCCUUGUGACAGAGAUGAAGAACUGGAGGGAACGAGGAUGAUAACGAGACGUUAGAUGACUCAGUUGUUCCCUGUGUUGUAUGUUGUCAGUGUCUUUGAGCCCUCUUACUCUUUCUUCUGCCUUUGACCAGCUGCAGGUCCAGCCAAGACUCUUGAUAUCCUUCUCUUACUGCACAGACAGAAACCUAUCGCCACUGCACAGAGGCUAAAUAGUCAACACUGUAAACACCUCAUUUAAUACAGACAUCUUAGUACACUUUUCCAGCAAAUUAUCCUGUAGUUUUUGAAAUUUGAAAAUGCAGUUUACUGAUUGGCCACUGCGGUGCUAUUAAAGGGAAAGUUCAGCAGUGUGAAGCUUUUUUUGUUUUGUUUUGUUUUUUGUUUUUGUUUUUUAUAAUCUGAGCUGUGAGGUGUGAUGAGUAGGAGGGCUGAGGAUACCAACGCAAAACCAAAUGUUUAUUUUAGUGGAUUGUUUGUAAAAUACUGGUGAUUGUUAUAUUGUAUAAUUAGAUGGAGAACAAUGCAUGCAAGACAGAUUUUAAUGUGAGGGAGUAUUUUUGUUUUAAAGACUGCAUUCAAAAGCUUUUCCUGUUUUCUUGACUGAGCUGAGCGUUAGAGCUGCUGCAACACAGCAGCGAGGACGUAAAAGCUGCAAUUAAGAGCUAAAAUUGAUCACAAAGGUUUAGAUAAAAUCUUACUGCGGUACUGGGACCUGUGGACUUUUUAAACCUGAAUCUGACUGAGAACCUGUUGCAAACCUUGUUGUAAGGGCUUAGGAAGCUUUUUCCAAGGCAACGUCUAUCCAAGUAAAUGUGUAACCUAAAACCUGCAAUUGAACACUGUGAUGAGACAGACAGAUGGAUGGUUUGACAUUACAAAGGGAUGCGCAGUGAUUGACAACAGUGCAUCUUGAAAGGUCAAGGUUUGCGUUUUAUAAGACCUGGCAACCUCUAGUGUUUACUCCAGUUGCAAGAAGUUUGGCAUAUCAGGGCACUUCAUUUAAUAGCACACACUGUCAUUCCUGAAAGUGUGCAGAAUAUUUAUAAACAAUCAAAUAAUAAGAAUCAAGAACCUCUGUUGAUGCUGAACAGUUUUCAGUUUUUGUUCACACUCAAAGACGUCACCUUUGACUGCAUAAAAAAAUGAGGAAGUGGAAUAAAGUCUUUGUGUUUGCAACCUGAAAAAUUAUGCCUGAAGAAUAAUUAUUCUUAGCAUCUAAAUUUAUUCUUGGAAAUCAUUUGGGUGGAGAUUCUUUUUGUCAAAAGAAUAGAACUUCCACUGUGAAUAUGAUGACUACUGAAAUCCCAAUCGUUUGUUCUUUGGCUCAAGGACAGUUUUGCAAACACAGUUUAUGGAGAUGUGUUUUGAGAUGUAAUGGCUUCAUCUUAACCUCCUGUGGUGGACAUUAUUCCAGGCAUUAGUCUCACCAGUGCUGGCUUGGCUAAAAUUACAAAUAGGGAUUCACCGAUCCAACUUUAUCCCUCUCAACUCAGGGUAUCUACCAAUACCAAAUACUGAUCUCAUACACACAUUUAAAAUCUGUACACCUCACUGUGUGUUACUGUAAAAUGAGACCAGGGACUGCUGUGGUUUUAAAUUAGCAGCCCGCCGUGACUGAAUUAAUGAAACUGAAAGUGGAAGCACUAAAUAUUAUGACAUUGACUUUUAAUCUUUGUUUAAUCUGGAUCAGUGACAUAGCGGCCGAGUGUUUGGUGUUUGGGUUGGUGCAUCUCUCAUUGAAAGGUGUGUGUGUGUGUGUGUGUGUGUGUGUCUGUCUGGAGCCGCCACAGUCUUUCUUUGUCUUUAAAGACUAUCAUCCUGCAUUGAUCAAACCACGAACCACUAUUGCCAUCUGUUGUCAGGGAGACCUAACUACAACUGCCAGUCAUUGAUGACAUCCUCACAGUCACCCACAGUGAGAUUAUACGGUUCAUGGUUCACUCUGUCCGCAGCUCUCAUUUCAACAACAACAAUGAAAAAUCAUGUGGUUUGGAUUUAUUCAGGCUUGUAGAAAAAUCCGAUGACUAUUGAUGACACCAGCACAAACCCAGUUUCUGCAGUGAGAGCCAUUUGUGUUCUUUAUAAGCUUUUUGCCUCCCCCCAACUUUGCACAAAAAUGCAGGUUUAGAUGUAUCAUUUUGAUGUAUUGUUUUCUAAUCUAUUAUUUUGGGUAUUUUUCUUUUUUUGUAUUUUGUAUUGUUAUUAUGACUUCUUGUGUUGUUGUGCAAAUGCAUCAGAGCGUGAGUGCUGAUGCGUAAACAUGCAGUAAGUGUAUACUGUGUCAUAUCACCACCUCUGAUUGACAAAAACCAAAACGUCUUCACUUUAACAAUGGAAAAAGCAAAAUAAAUAUAUAAAGAUAGUGUAUAUUCAAAUAUUUGAGGGACGAGGGGUGAAAAACUAAAGGCAAUAUCCAACCAGGAGGGGAUUCUCUUUUCAUUUAAUGCUAAUGUGACAGGAAAUAGUGUCAAAGUCUAUUAGACCAAAACAUGUCAUCAAGAUAAUUUUCUCAAGGAGUGUGGGAUCUGAAAUGUGUUUUACUGUGUUGAUAUAAAAAUAUGGUCCUCUGUAUUUAUCCUAACCCCAGUGCUUCAAUCACCUUUUUUCCAAGAUUGUGGGCUCAUGUUAAGUUUCUUGGAAACUGAGGAAAUCAAAUAUAAACCUCUCGAGUCACUUAAAAUGUCAGUGAAUCCAAAAAUACACCUUGGACCUCAGUGUUGUGCUCUUCUCAAAGGAUUUUCCAAUUGAAAUCUUAUCAGCCUAAGCAAGUGGGUGAGAGCCUUCACUAUGUUAACCUGCAGUAAUCAUUAUGCAGCUUUUAGUUUGUUUUUACAAACAUUUUGAUGCUGAAAGACAGUUAAGGGAUUUGGCAACAGCUAGACGGGGCACACAUAGUUGCACAACAUAAUGUACUCUGAUAUUGAACACUAGGCGUUUUUGUGGAAGAAAACCAGUGGUGUGUGUGACCUAAUUAUGAAAGGAUAUAUGGUCAUCGUGUUCCGAAAUAAAUUAUUUUCUCAAAAGAAAACUGUUUCCUUUUUACGGUUAGAUGUUUUUGGUUUUUGUCUUGUUUUUU